AUGGAUACCUCGCUGAUACAAAAUAAAGUAAAACUUUUAUUUAAAAAAAUAUCUGAACCAAAUUAUGUUAUGAAUAGUUAUUAUGCGGACCAUUUCUUUAUUAAAAUAAAUAGUGACGAUCCAGAUGUGGAGUGCUUAAAAUCAUGGCCGGUAGUUGCAGAUUUAUUAGUUGAAGCUCUUAACAACGUCGAGAAUGUGCACAAGACAGUUAGAGUAUUUAUAAUACGUCUAUUAGGAGUUGUUGCGCAAUGUGAAGUACAUUUUGCUAAAAUUUUCGCAAAGAAGGGUGAGGAAAUUGCCAAAGCAUUUAAUGAAAUUAAUUCCCAAAGCAUGGAUUCCAGUCUACGAGUUGCUUAUAUGGAAGUAGCUUUGUCAUUAACCAAACAUAAUUCUGGUAUAUAUUGGCUAUUAGAAACUGGCAUUUGGAAAGAAAUUCUACAGCUCUGUAAUGAAAAACGGACAGUGUUUGUUGUUCGUCAGACAUACAAAUUUGCUUCAUUGUUUUUGUGGAAAUUGGUUGAUAUAAAUGAGGAAGCUAGCAUUAAAACAGUUUUAAAUUUUAUUCUUAAGCCUAUAUCAGAAAUUGAUAUGAUCAAUAUAGAUUCCAUGUCAAGUGAAUAUGAAGAUGAGUUGUGUAAAGUGUAUGUGCCGAUGCUACAAAUAUUGUUGUCGGUGGUUGGUAAUGCAGAGCGCAUUAAAACCCGGAAUGCUAUGAUAACGUCGAUGAUCAAAGAGUUCAACAUGGUAACGUUUUGUUAUUUGAUAAAGACUAGGAUAAGAAGGGAGGAUGUUCUUCUACUUGUGACGAAAUUAUUGUUUUGGCUUUCGAUUGGUAAAACUUUUAUAUUUAAACCUUUACAAUUAUCGGAGAAGUUCGAACGAGACGAUUUCGUGGAGAUCACGAUAACUUAUUUCAACACAGUGAACUAUCUGAUGCAGCGUCGCUGUUGGGCUUUAGUGUUCGAUUACUGUAAUGCCUGUAAUUUAAUAUUCAGUUCCGUCUGGGGCAAUAUGAGACCGGCGGUCUUCGAAAUCGACGGGAGAGAGGUGGAAUUACAGAAGCAGUUACUCGUCAUAUGUCUUAUACCGUCCAUGGUGUACAUAUCUGCAGGAAAGACGAUACCAAUCGACAGGGACGAAGUCGAUAAUUUCAUUAUUAAACUAUUGCAUUCAACUUGCGAGCACACUGCAAGGACGUGUUACGCUCUGAGAGAUCUUUUACUGCAAAUGGACAUGGAAUCUGUGACUCUACAGAGUGUGAAACGUCUUACAUGCCUGAAAGAUCAUUUGAAUAAUGACCAAGCCAACUUGCUAUUCCAAUCUCUAUUCUACGUUUUGAAAGAAUUCGAUCCCAUAGACGAAAACGGUGAAUUGAAAUCGGAUAUAAAUUAUAUAGACAGCGAAGAGAAAGUACAGAUUAUGACAUACGUUUUGGACAUUCUCCUGUCGUUAGUUAAGAAUUACAACAUCAACUGGAAGGAGAGCCUUGAAGUCAUCUGUCUUUAUACCGUUGUAUUUAAUAUUUUGAAGAUAAAAAAUAACAAUUUCUCUAGUAAGUUUGUAGUGAUCGCAUUAAAUGUCAUCACAAUAACAGUGAAGAAGUUUCUACCGCCAGCCCUGUCUCUGUUAAUGGAGUCCAAGCCAGGUUCCUCAAUGGAUGAACUUGGGGAACUAAUCUAUAUGAAAUUAAACGAUUUCCAGUGGGAGGUCCGAGAUUCGGCUCUGGAAUUGCUAUAUGUGUGCACAGACAUAUGUUUUAUUAAGUUUCCGCCGUUCCAAAAACAAAUUUUAUCUAAUAAUCUCAUAAAUCUGGCAACAACCAUGGCGCUGAAUGACCACGAGUUCUAUGUGCGUGUUUCUGCUCUGAGAUGUCUUGGAGCUGGUUGUAAGGUCGCCUCACUGUGGGAUCACUUAAAAACUCAGUAUCCUAACAUACAGGAACUUUUAGUAGAAAUCAUGAACACCAACCAAGAGGGCGUUGUACGUAAAGAGGCCUGCAAUGUAUUAUGCGAAAUUUACCAAAGCGUCAAAAUCAGUCCGAGCUUCAAAUCCGUUCUUUACGAGAACAUGAUGAACGCAGCUCUAUCUGAUUUCCACUGGGAGGUUCAGAUAAGCGCGCUUAAGUUCUGGAAAAUAGUGAUUCAAUCUUUGUUAACCGCUCAGGGCAUGCUCGACGGGACAUUUCCCCCUGUAACGUUUUCCAGACAGACAAGGAAAAUUGUUACUCUAGACGCAAAUGAAAUCAAAAGGCGUUUGACGGUGACCCUAGAAGAACUAUCUUCGAUCGGAUGUUUAACUGUGUUAGUGAAACUACUUCAUGACGAAACUGAUGUCGAAAUUAUGGAUUCCGCGAGGAUCAUUUCUACAGAACUUCUAGGUAUACUUGAUCAAUACAAUGUUCCUGAAACCUUGACACCUAGUAACAAGGAAUCAAACACUAUGGAUGAGUUGCAACAACAGAACAUUUCUGAUGAAUGCAUUGAAAAUGGUGACAUUAUGGACUCUGAACCCACAACCUCAUCAGAGAAUGUUAUAGAAAGUAUUCUGAAUUCUGACGAUAUUAACUUACUCGCAAAUAUAUAUAAAAGACAAAUGAACCUAUCAUCGGAACAGGAAAUCAAAAACACAAGUCACACAAAAAUUGUAAAGUUAGCAUCGCCAUACUUAUUUGUUAAAUAUACUAGGAGUAAAGACUUCAAACAAAUAAUUGAGGACAAGAGAAAUUGGAAGGAUGGAAUCAAAAGUCUCUCGUCAUUACUAGAUGAUGUUCUGGGUAUAUAUGAAUUCAUUGAGGAGGUGAACACUCUAGACUGCUAUUAA